AACGGUCGGGGGUUGGGGUGUGGUGUUGAGCGGCCUAGACCUACGGCUGCUGAAAGAGAAAUGGAUGGGUUGGGUGCAAGUAACCCCUUCUCAGUAGAAGGUGACAACCCGAUUCUGGACCUGGACCUGUAUGAUGCUGACAGCAACGAAGAUUUGGAUCCAGGGCUGCUCAAGGAAAAGAAUGACUCGUCAUUCUCAGAGCCGGUCCCGCGGCUUUUGACCAGCAGCUCAUGGUGGCAAAACCUGACCCUACGCGCCCGUGCCCGCCAGCUGUGGCUGCUCCUCCGUACAGGUCUCCACGACAUCGUGGAAAAGGAAAAGAGAGCGGAGCUGCACGUAGCACGCUUGACGCAUGGGCUGGAGCCACUGCGCUGCCUGGAGGUGGCAGCUGGGCUGCACUCUGUGGCACAGGACCCGGUGGGCAGACGCUUCGUGGUGUUGGACGGCGCAGGCUGCCUGCACCUGCACAGAGAGGACGGCUGGGCCCACGAGAAGUUGCUGGCCCCUGUGGCACUCACAGGGCUGGUGGCAGUGCUGGGCCCGCUGGGCGCCGUGGGCCGCUUUGUGGGCUGGGGCCCCGCGGGGCUGGCCAUACUCAGGCCUGACCUCAGCCUGCUGUGGCUGAGCCAGCUAGGAGGGGUGGGCAGGGCGCCAGGCCGCGAGCCCAUCUGCUGUCUGCCGGUGCCCGACCUGGGCCUGCUGCUAGUGGCGGAGGCAGGCGGCGGCCUGGCGCUCUGGAAGUUCCAUUCAGGGGGUCGCUGCCUGGUGCAGUGCAGGUCACCUCUGCAGCUACCACUAAGCUCCAUGGGUGCGCUUGCACGUCUGGCUCUGGGGUCCCUGCCUCCCGACCACGUCCUGCGCUGCUUCGCUGCCUGCGGCUCAGCCGUGCUCACCUUUGAUCUGCACACCUGGGCUCUCACAGAUGUGCGCCAGGAUCUACACAAAACCACCAUCUCUGACCUGGCAUACUGUGGAGCGGCAGAGGCGAUGGUGACGGCUUCCAGGGACAGCACUGUGAAGGUGUGGGAGUCUGACUGGCAGAUCCGGAUGGUGUUUGUGGGCCACACAGGCCCCGUGACAGCUAUAGCCGUGCUACCGAACACGUUCCUGGUGCUGUCGGCCUCACAGGACGGAACGCUGCGCACGUGGGACCUGCAGGCGGCGGCACAGGUGGGCGAGGUAGCGCUGUGUUGCUGGGGCCAGGACAUGCCAUCCAGGCGCGUGAACCGCCUGCUGGCGCCCGCAGGCCCCGGCUGGCCUGUGCUCUCUCUGCGCGCGAGCGGCUUGGAGCUGUGGCGCCUGCGCGAGCUCUACUCACCGUUGGCGCAGCUGUCUGCGCCGGUGCUCCACCUGCAGGUGGCACCGCCGCUGCUGGCACCCUCGCACCUGCCUCUGCCCACGCGCCUCGUGUGUGCGUGCGCCGACGGCUCGGUCUACCUGCUGUCCGUCGCGACCGGGCGCACCGUGAGCGCGCUGCUGCUGGAGCCCAAUGACUGCGCGGCUGCCGUGGCCUACUGCCUGCCACGCGAAAUGCUGUGGUUGCUGACACGCGCGGGACACCUGGUGUGUGCCAACGCGGCGCGCUGCCCCAUGCGCGUGCUGCACCGUGUGUGUCCGCCACCUCCCCCAGCACCCAGGCCCUGCUGCCUGCACCUCUACAGCCACCUCACAGACCCCAGCAGUGCGUUUGCCAGCUGGGAGAUUGUGCGCCAGCACGGGGGUGAGCUGUGCCGAAGCUACACAGCCUGGGCCUGGAAGGACAAGAACCGGUACCUGCCGGUGGUGGGGCACACAGAUGGUGCGCUUUCGGUGCUCGGGUGGUGCUCAUCAAACACCGUCUUCCAUACAGAAGCGCACAGCCCGGGCCCGGUCACUGCCAUUGCGUCCACCUGGAACGGCGUCGUGUCCUCGGGCGGAGACUUGACAGUGAAGAUGUGGCGUGUCUUCCCGUGUGCUGACGGGAGCCUGAGCCUGCUGCGCAGCUUCUCCUGCUGCCACCCGGCCGUGGUGCUCUGUGCACUUGGGGAGCGGGUCACCGUGGGCUUUGAGGACCCAGACAGCGCCACCUAUGGCUUGGUACAGUUUGGCCCGGGCGACAGCCCACGCUGUGAUCAUCGGCCCCAGGAUGACCCCAUGGACCACAUCACUGGCCUGUGCUGCUGUCCAGCGCUCAAGCUGUGUGCCUGCUCCAGCCUGGACUGCACCAUCCGCAUCUGGACAGCGGAGAACCGCCUGCUGCGGCUCCUGCAGCUGAAUGGCCCCCCUCAGGCCUUGACCUUCUGUAGCAACAGUGGGGACCUGGUGCUGGCGCUGGGCUCCCGCCUCUGCCUGGUGUCCCACAGGCUGUAUCUGCCCACAUCCUACCUGGUUAAGAAGCUGUGCCGGAGAGUCCCUGAUGUGGUAGAUGACCCUCCGCUGCCGCUGACCAGCCAGGAGUCGCUGACCUCAGCCCAGCUGCAGCAGCUCGCCAACCUGCGUGGGGCAGCCAGCCUCAGCACAGCCUUGUCUUUCAUCCAUCGCCAGACAGCAGCGCCUCAGCAGCCAGUGUUGGAGGAGGACUUGGAAGCUCUAGUUGCCCGGGACCGAGACCUUCGGCAGCUGAGACUGGGGCUGGUGGUCCCGGCGGCCCGGCCCCCACCCUCCUGGCAGCAGCGCCAGGUGGCCUUUGACAACUACCUGCGUCUGAUCUACGGCCCUGGCCUGCUGGGCAUGCAUUCUGAAAGAGAGUCCCAGCAGUGGAGCACCGUGACCCUUGCAAUGGAGAGAGAGACCUGGAAUGCGUGCGCCCUGCCCAGAGCUGCCCCCAGUGUCAGGCAGGCUGGAGUCUGCACUGAAGCCCCAACAGCCCUGCCCCCACAGGGCCUAGGGGCCCUGAGCAAGUGCUUUGCUCGCCCUCCCCGAAUCACCUUGCCCAUCCCACCCACCCGCCGGAGGGUGCACAGCAGGGCAUCCCAGGUGAGGCCUCCCACCCCUCCAAUCUUCCACCCUGACCUUGCGAUCUCUGCCCCCCACCCUAUGACUCCUCCUCCCAUGCCUCAGCUGCUGGCCCAUUCCUCCCUGAGCUGCGCCCUGGGCCUCAGUCUGGACCUGCAGCUGCAGUCGGAGCGGCUCCAUGGGGAAAAGCCUGUGGCCCUGGACCCACCAUCCUCCCACUUGCAGCACAGGAUCCCCCUGCUGCAGAAGAGGCGGCCCAAGGAGCUUCUCUCCAACCUCAGGGGCUUCUUUCCCGCCACUAUUCAGUCCUACAAGUACUUGCCGAAGCCCAUCCACUUCCCCGGCUGCGUGCCCAACUCCGUGGUGCUGCAGCAGAUGUGGCUGCCCCGGGAGGUCGGCCGCCUCGGAGUCCUCGCCCAGCUCACCAGCCGCCGCAGACUUAAGCCACUCGAGAGCCAGGACAGCCUGUGGCUGCCGCGGGGCAUCAGACGACACCGUGCCGAGUGGCAGCAGAAGCAGAUCCAGUGGUUGGGGGACGAAGAGGAGGAGGAGGAAGAGCUGGAUCUGGACUGGACCUCAGAUUCCCUGAGCCCACAGAGACAGCGCGAGGAGUCCGAGGAGCCUGAGGAGCCCGAGGCUCAGAGCUCUGAGUACUUGACCGCGAAGCCCACGAGCUCCCGUGAUGACGCUGCUGCCGGGACUGAGACCUCCUACCACCCCGGGGACGCCUACGGCCGCUCAAUUUGGGAAGAGCGCUGCGGGCAUCUGCCCAGCUUCCUGCAGUUUUUCGUCUGCCAGAACUGGUUCAAAAAGCUGUUCCCCAUCUUCACUCUGGAGGCAUACCCUGAGGCGGGCACGGUGGAGGGCCUGGCCUCUCUGUUCGUGGACCUGCUGGAAGAGGCGUCCUGGGCAGACUGCGUGCAUAUCCUGCUCGCGCUGCUGCGGCUGCUGCCCGACCUGAGCAGAGACCUCUGCAGCCGGCUGCAGAGCAUCCUCCUGCGCUUGCUCAAUCUGGACCGGCCCCCCAGCCUCGAGGACGGGACACAGAAGCGGUUCGUGAUGCUGGCGCUGCAGCUGCUCCUGGCCUGCUCCCUGGAGUCCCGUGAGGUGGUGCUGGAGCUCAUGUCCUUCUUCCUCUACUCGCCAGCCUCCUGCCGGCCUGAGCUCAAGAAGCUGCUGGACGGGCUAGGCCUUCAGGACCCGCAGGGCUUCCUGUUCAAGGAGAUGAUGACCUGGGUCCAGGGCCGGGACCUCGACUCCAAGGCCACGCUGCGCAAAUGCUGCUGCCAGAAGCUGGAGGAAAUGAUCUGGCAGCUGCAGGAGGCCCUGUCACAGAGUUCGAUGGUCUCUGGGGCACCCGUUCACAUCUCCAUGAUACCCUCAGUUCACUCCUGGAUGCCCUCACUGGUGGUCUCGCCCGGGGAGCCAAACUUGGCCGCCCCUGAGUCCCAGGGUCAGCACAUGCUCUCACAGAUACGCGUCUGUCAGACCAGACGUGCGCUGUCUGAGACACUGCUGCACUUCUGCUCUUUGCCUGGGGCCCACUUGCGCUCCUCGGUGCCGACUGCACUGCCCAACGAGCCACCACCACUGGAGCAGACGCACUGGUCACAGUCGCAGAUGCUGGACCUGGGGCCAAUCGAUGCGCUCAACUUCUUCUGUGAGCAGCAGCAGGCACAGAGCUCCCUGCCCAAGGAGCCCGAGAGCCUGCGCCUGAGCCAGAGCCCGAGCCCAAGCCCGCACCCACUGGUGCCCAACACGGUAGUGCCACAGCCCCGGGAUCACCGGCACUACCCUAUACUCCGGCUUCAGGAGGCCAAGGUCCAGGGGUCUCCAAUGAGACUGAGGGGCCAGAUGCUUUCCAGGCUCUGGGCGGGCCGCACCCUCGACAGCUCCCUCCGGAUGCUGAAGCUGCCGCUGCCACGGGUGGAACUGCAGCCUUUCCCCCCGGGCUGGCCCAGGCCUGCCCGUCCACUGCCCCCACUGCUUCUGCAGCCCACCCUGCAGCGAUACUUUCUGCCAGACGACACGGACCCUGACAGCUACAGCUGAGCUGGCUGGCGGCCUCGCCCGGCCCCAUCCCCAGCCUCCCCUUCCCUCCAGCAUGUAGUCGGGAUGUGGCUCUCCAGCCGGUUGCUUACCCCUGGCCAAGGCCCAGGGCUGGAAUAAAGUCCAGAGGCUGCAGUCAGCAAAUUGGAUGCCACUCCAUCUUUGGCGGCUUCUGGGGUGGGCAGGGAGGUCCAGCUGGUGUGUCAGGAACCUGCCAGUGGCCAGUCACAUGUG